UGCAUAUGGCGGGUGGCGUCAUGUUUGUAUUUACAGUCUCCCGAGCGAGAUUUCAUUCAUGUAUGCACAAGUCACAAGUGAUUUUCGUCUGAGGGAGAGCUUUUAUCACCGAUCGUGCCUGUAGACGAUCGACGACGACCGGUCGAGGGCGGCAUGAGGCACCGCGUCAUGCCGGCGCUCUCGGCCGGCUUCGGGGAGCAGAUUGAGGAAUAUGAAGUGCUGAAUCUACUGGGCAAGGGCGGUUACGGGAGCGUCUACCGAGCGAAAUGUCUCCGCAGCGGCAUAGAAGUCGCGAUCAAGAUGAUCGACAAGAAAAUGAUGGCAGCUGCUGGGAUGGCGGAUAGGGUAAGCCAAGAAGUAAAGAUACACUGGCGGUUAAAGCAUCCGGCCAUCCUGGAAUUGUAUACGUGUUUCGAAGAUGCAAACUAUGUGUAUCUGGUCUUGGAGUUGUGUCACAACGGGGAGCUCCAACGCUUCCUCAAAGCACAGGGUACCAAAGUUCUGUCCGAGGAUCAUGCUGCCCCUAUAAUCCGGCAAGUUGUACAGGGCUUGCUCUAUCUUCACUCUCACCAAAUACUUCACCGAGACCUGUCGUUAUCUAAUCUACUAUUGACCAGGGAUAUGCAGGUGAAAAUAGCGGAUUUCGGAUUGGCUACGCAGCUGAACAAGCCGGACGAGAAACACUUGACCAUGUGCGGCACACCGAAUUACAUCUCGCCCGAGGUCGCGACGAGAUCAUCGCACGGUCCGGAGGCAGACGUGUGGAGCUUGGGGUGCAUGUUGUACACUUUGUUGGUGGGCAAACCACCAUUCGACACUGACGCCAUCAAGAGUACCUUGACCAGAGUGGUCAUGGCGGAUUACGUGAUGCCGCCUCACUUGUCGGACAAUGCGAAGGAUCUGAUAGACAAGUUGCUGAAGAAGAAUCCGAAGGAUAGAAUACGCCUGCGGGACAUUCAAAAGCAUCCGUUCAUAGCGAGCGUAGAGAAGAACAGACUGCAUAGCGAAAGAAACGGUAUGAGCCAAGCGCUACUGAGCAACGGCAUCAUGGAUUCCGGACUCGGUAGAACGCUGUCGUCGUACGGCAGGUCGAAGAUACGAUCGCGAUCGGAGGAAAGGAUGUCGACGAUGCCGAUGGUACCACUGGUCAGCAUGAGAAGCGAGGCGCUGUCCGAGCCGAUUGCGAGGAUGCACUCGUAUCACAAAACGAGAUGUGCCAACAAUUGUACAAAAGAGGAUUCCGUGUUGAUGGACGUGCCGUUACCUCGCGCUAGGCUUUUCUCCUACAACGGGCUGUAUGGCAAUCGUAAUGCGUGCGACGACUUCGAGAGGCAGAAGCCGGUAAUCGAGCGGCAACACAAACCGAAAAGAGAGAAGAGCGUGGAAAACCUGAGAAACGCUGAGAAAAAUGAAGUACCCACGAAGUUGCAAGUGGCGCCUUUGGACUCCAACCGAUUGCAACCGACGAGGCAUCGAACGAAGAACGCGAUCCUUACAAUUUUGGACAACGGAGAGGUCUGCAUCGAGUUUAUCAAGCGGAGGAACGGCACGGAAAAAGUCAGCGAGGUCUGCCGAAUAUCGGACGAUGGCCUGCGGAUCGUUCUCUACAAACCGAACGCGGCGGAGGUAGGCCCGCAGCCGCCACCGUUGCCGAGUCGAGGCGCCGACAGCAUUUACUCGUACGAGAAUCUGCCGGCGUGUCAUCACCGAAAGUACAUGUACGCGUUCCGUUUCGUGAAGUUGGUCCGAGCGAAAACCCCGAAGCUGACGUUAUACACUCAGCGCUCCAAGUGCCUGUUCAUGGAGAACGGUCCGCAGCCUGACUGCGAGGUGCAUUUCUACAAUGGAGUAAAGGUUGUUCGAGUCGACGGCGUCGUGAGGAUCACCGACCACAACGGCGAUGCGACGUUCGUCGAGGGUGAGUUCCCGUUGCACCUCGAAACUUAUUACGAGCAUUACUCGGAGUGCUACCAGCGUUGCCUGCUGCUAGAGUCCACUCUAGCUUCCUUAGAAGCGGCCACCGGCCACCCCUGCUUCCCGGUGAUAAUCGGACGGAGGCCCAGUGCAGCCCUGAAUGACGCUUCCUGCUUACAGGGGAAGGAAAAUAUCUCGCAUACGACGAACGGUUCUCCCGUUUUACCCUCGUUUGACGCCACCUGCUCCGUCGUCUCGACGGUGACUUCCAGGUCGCGCAAGAUGAGUUCCAUGCACAGUUCCAGUUGCAAUAACGCGAACAAGGUAGCGGUACCGGGAAUCGGCUUCGCUACGAAACUGUCGUCCGGCGACAUCAGAGUCGACUACAAGGACGGGUCCGCUUUAACCGUGAGUCCGCAGAAUCACGGAAGCGGCAUCAUGUACGAGAGCAACGACGGCGUCGUCGUGCGAUACAACACGCACCAUCAGCAAAACCUGGAGAUACCGGUUCAGGAGAAGCUCCGCCAGUUGCCUAUGGUUGUCAAAUAUCUCAUGGAACCGAGGCACAAGGGCAUCCGGUAGCUUCCGCACGAAUAUUUUUCAACAAAUGUUUUGUAUAAUACGAUCGACAGAGUCACGCCCGUGGACCGUAAGCUUACUGUAGAUUUAUAGAUUAAUAUAGAUUUAUAGAUAGCUUAUACAAAUUUGAACAUAGUCUAUAAUAAUAUAUAUUUUUUCUAAGUAUACAAUAAUAAAGAGAAUCGCUGAUGAUACUUUUAUCUUCGCUACUCUCAUAGCUCACGUUAUUAUUGUUACUGGUCACGGAUAUUUAUAUCUGAAUGUAUCUCAAUAUUUCUCUCUAGAGAAAUGUUGUCGAGCCUGAAAACAAUUUGACGAAUGUUAAAUGUAAGGAGGCCUGACAGCUUUACAGUGGAAGAGAGCAAUAAUUUUCUGUAGAUAGAGGACAGGUAAAUAAUUUUUGUGAGAAUGGAAUAAUUGAGAACGCGCGGGCGUUUCCAUUACGAAUACUGUACAGAGGAAUCUAGGGAACAAUAAUACUCCACUGAAAGUAACGAGCUAUGUACGUAUAUACAGGUAUAUUUAUUACUUUUAUAUCGAUCGAGAAAUUACAUUAUUUCUAAUUUAUCAUUAUUAUUAUCAUCCGCUUUAUUACGCCAUUAUGAGAUAAGGGAAUAGUUCAUAAUAAAAAGUUCGCAUAAUAAAAUAUUUC